AUGCGUGGCGUUGAUGGGAAAGGUGAGCCUACCCGGGAGGCCGUCAAAGUGGACGUCGUUACUCGAAUGACCACUGAAGACUGGGGUAAAGACGGCUUAGUGGACAACCAGUCCCUUCUACUCGCGCAGAAUGAGCCCAGCAGCAUUGAGGAGAGCGACCGCUACAAGCGUGACGCUGCGACUGUACACCAUCUGCUCAAGCGCACGGUCAUCCGCAACAGCGUCUUCCUGUGGAUGGUGGGCUUCAUCAACAACUUCCACUACUGCCUCAUCAUGUCCGCUGCCGCGAGCCUUGCAGAGGGCUACGGCCUCAAGAAACUUGUUGCCCUUAUCACGUGGGCGAACAUCUUUUUCGGCAUCUUCGCCCGCAUACUGAACAUGUUCAUUGCGACUCGUGUGUCCUACAAUGUGCGCGUCACGGCGAUGGCUCUCUCCUCUUUGUUAGGCAUCUUCUUUGUCAGUUUCGCGACGCCAAUGGGCAGAUAUAACAACGUUUCAGCGUUUGUUGUGAUGCUGAUUGGCGUUGUCUUGAUUGGCACUGCCUCGACCUAUGGUGAGAGCGUGAUGCUAGCCUUCAUACAGCGCUACCCGGACUCGAUUGUCGGGGCGUGGAGCAGCGGCACAGGCAUCUCCGGCGUCGCCGCGUCGCUCAUCUUCUUGGGUCUCACCAGCGCCGGCCUGACGCAGCAGCACACGUUCCUGGUGUCCAUACCUCUGUGCAUCAUCUACUGGCUGUGCUUCAUGUUAGGCAUGGUGUCACCGCGCAAGGUACUUGUGGCGACACGCGCGAAUGGGAAGAGAGAGGAUAUCAUUAUUUACUGCUUGGAGGGGGAGGAGGACGCGCACAUCUGCCUGCUGCGCGAAAGGGCGCUUGCUCGACACGACGUUGUCAGCGUGUCGGCGGAGUACGAGAUCAAAAUGAUCAUGAACAUCCGCGCCGUGCCAUGGGGGAGGAUGCCGGCCGUACACAAGCCCGAGCCAAGCGCUGAGGAGGGUGACGGUCUGUACUACCCGUGCUGCCGCGUCAUAUGCGGGUGCUUGUCGCCGAGCAACGGGCUGCGUCGCUGGUGGCGCGACGUGGGCCCAGACCUGAUCUUCAUGCACAACACUAUGAUCUGGUUCUUCUUCAACCUCGCUGUCGUGUAUAUUGCCGAGUACGCGGCACAGCUGAUGGCACCGUUCAGCUUCUACUGUGAGCCGGAGUGGAAGGACAACUUCUGGGUGAAGAACUCGUACGUUGUGUGCCAGUUUUGCUACCAGUUCGGCGUGCUAAUCUCGCGCAGUUCGCUGCUGAUCGUCAAGAUCCCGUAUGUGGGCGUGAUAUCGAUCAUCCAGGUCAUCAAUGCGGUGUGCUGGAUUGUGCAGGCCAGAGUACUGUACAUCAAGUCGAACACGAAGAGCCGACAGAUUGGCCUGUCCUUCAUUCUGUUCGCGUGGAUGAUCUUCAUCGGGCUGAUGGGCGGUGCUUCUUACGUGAACGUCUUGUACCUGAUCCUGAAGCGGAGCACAACGUUGCGCGAGCGCGAGGAGAGCGAGGCCGUGGAAGCGUAUCUCACAAGCAAAGGCCACGACGUGAGCGGGUGCAGAUGCCCCGAUGACAGUGAACUGAAGAAGAAGGCUGCCGACGAGCGCGCGCCACCCGUGGUAGCAAAGCUGGAGGGUAAGCCCAUCGACGAGACCAUGCCCAAACCCUCGCGAAGUGAUACCGCAACCGCUGCACCACAGUCCCAGAUUCUUGGGCUUGACCUCACCCAAGAGGAGCGCGAUGCGAUAAAGGCUAUUCACUGCAAUCUCAACGACGUGUGGGCGGUCCGCCGUGAGAUGGGCAUGAACAUCGGAGCCCUGUACGCGACUGUGGGCAUCACACUCGGCACAGUCGUCGAUCUGAUCUUCACAAACACGAUGCUCAAACACAGCAAGAGCUGCUAG